AGGCGCCUCCCCCCUCCCGUGACGCAGCACCGGCCCGGCGGAGCAGAGCGCGCACGGAGCAGAGCCGUAACCGAGUCUGAUCGACCACCGCCGCGGCUUCCCCAUGGGCUCCAAACGAGCGCUGGUGAUCUUGGCCAAGGGGGCCGAAGAAAUGGAAACGGUCAUCCCGACGGAUCUGAUGCGGAGGGCAGGAAUUUCUGUCACCAUAGCGGGCCUGUCUGGAAAGGACCCCGUGCAGUGUAGCCGUGACGUGGUGAUUUGUCCUGACGCGAGUUUGGAAGAGGCGCGGAAAAAGGGGCCCUACGAUGUGGUGGUCCUGCCCGGAGGCAACCUGGGGGCUCAGAACUUAUCAGAGUCUCCCCUCGUGAAAGACAUCUUGAAGGAUCAGGACAGCCGGAAAGGCCUCAUUGCAGCCAUCUGUGCAGGUCCCACGGCGCUCCUUGCGCAUGGAAUCGGCUUUGGCAGCAAAGUGACCACCCACCCUUUGGCGAAAGAGAAGAUGAUGAACGGGGAUCACUACAACUACUCGGAGAAUCGGGUGGAGAAAGACGGGCACAUCAUGACCAGCCGGGGGCCUGGCACCAGUUUCGAAUUUGGCCUUGCCAUCGUGGAGACCCUGCUGGGCAAGGAAGUGGCGGCCCAGACGAAGGCGCCACUCGUCCUGAAGGACUAGAACCCAGUCUAGAACCCCGUCACUCGCCUGCUUCGUCUUUACGACCGGGUCCUUUUUGUUGGAAGGCGGAGCGCCAAAGGAACCAAGCGGGGCUGCCAAUGUCGCUUGGCAAACUUAAUUCUUGCAAUAAAGAGGAUACGUGUUAAACUGA